CGACAUGUCAGGGCAACGGCAGUCCAGCAACGACCUUACAGCCAGAUGCCCCUAGAGGGUGCGGGUGGAUAUGACACGCAGUUCCAUAUUGCACCGUGCGUAUAGGCAUGAAACACGCGGCGGUAAGGCCGAUCUCCACGUUGUCCAUGGCGAGCCGGUUCGCCAAGCCAUCCACUGGCACCGCUGGCUGCGAGGGCGCCAGUGCCACCGCCGCAGUCGCGUCCACCGGGUCACCCCCCAUGUGCGCGACGCCAGCCGUGCUCUGGGCGCCGCGGUCUGGGUCCGAGAGGCGGCCCUUCCCAGGGGGCGCGGGGGCGCGGGGGGCGCGCUGCGCGGCCCAGGUUGUCGUGUUCCAAGAUAGUGUAGACGGCCAGCAGAUGUUCAGGCAGGCUUCUCACUCUUGCUAUGUUGAUAUGUUGAUAUGUUUGUUGCUCCAGUCGCGAUCUCUUGCUGAGUGUCUUCUGACAUGGACUGGGCAUCACAAUGUGUUGCUCUAGCGGAUCGGGAUCCCGCUCAGAUCCCUCUCAGAUCGUGGUGUUCCGCUUCCUCCCUCUGGUGCAGGCCAGGAGCGCUGCUUUUUCAGGUUUGCCCAGGCAUCGAAGCAGCCGUUGUUCCUCGCGAUUUGAUCAUCCGAAUCGUCGUCUUCGUCGUUCUCCUCUUCCUUCUCCUCGCUUUCCUCCUCCCCUUCCUC